UGGGGUAAUGCCUGAUGCCACUGCUCUGCCUGACACAGGGAAUUCUGCCACGGUCGAUUCGGAUGAGUCCCCCAACACCCCAGAAGUCUCUGAUGGUUCCUCUGCAACACUGGAGUUUCUGUAUGAAUUGCAAUAUCAAUCAGAUGAAAUUAGAUCUCAGCUUGAAUCUUUGGUUGGUAUGCAGCUGGUUGAAAAAGAAUGGGAUACGGAAUCCAGAAUUGUAACACUGAUCUUUAAUGUAGUGUUUGUACCUAACAAACCAAUGAGGAAUGAGGCAACUGUGGUAAUUCAGUGUACUGCAGGAGGCCUUUGGAAGUUUCCAUUGGUGUUCAUUGCCACGGAGCCAGAAGUGGAUGAUGUGAUCAACAUCGAAGCAGUUGGCCUGAAUAAGGAAUCCAUAGUUGGCUUUAAGCUCACAAGCCAGACAAGGUACCCAGAGCCGUUCACCGCGCACUUCCUGGCGGGCAGCGAUCCCGAUUUCCUCGUGAUGCCGCAAGCUGGAGAGCUCCUCCCAGCAGGCACCGUGGGAACCCAUAUAACAGUGGGAUACAAGCCAAGGAUGUAUGGCAGGAGGCACACAGCCACGCUGGUCAUCGAG